GGCGGAGGUAGGGUUGGCUUUCCGGAAGAGAGAAGCCAAUCUCCGCUGACAGGACUGGGAAGAGGAGAGACCGCCCCAGGCAGCUUAAGUCUUAGGUAUUAUUGCACUUAUUAUGAUAUGAAGAUAACUCCCUGGAUCUGGAUUAAGAUGAGCUGGAUUUUAAGGACUGACUGCCACUUACUGGAUGAGUGACCUCAAGCAGACAUCAUUUCCCUCUGGGCCUGUUUCAUCAUCUAUUAAAAUGAAGAGACUCUUCUAGAUUGACCUUUAAAGAUCCCUUCUUUAUCUUAAGAUUUCCCUUUACAGUUAUACCGUAUUUGCCAACUUGGUAUCUGCUGAUUCAGUUAGCUGCAGUCAACCAUGGGGAAAAAAUAAUAAUUAAAAAAAAAAACAGAAAAUUUAGAAAAUAAAAAAAAUAAACUACGUAAGUUUCAAACCAACUGCCAAGUGAAUAUAGGCUUUAACAUAAUGAAGUUUUCCAGCCCAGGACAUGACUCAUCUCCCUUUGUCCCCAUAUCCAUGCUUCCAUGUGAGUAGUCUGUCUCUACUGUUCUCACUGAUUGCAUUUGUUGAGGCAUUGUUGCAGUGACUUUCUUUAAGAAAGCUUUUAUUUUAUUGUAAUAAUGGCUCCAAAGCGCAAGAGUAAUAGCACUGGUAGUGCUUCUAAGCCUAAGAGAAGUCGUGAAGUGCUUCCCAUUAGUGAAAAAGUAAAAAUUCUCGAUAUGAUUGAAAAAGAAAAAAAAUCCUAUGCAGAGAUCGCCAGAUUGUAUGGGAAGAAUGAAUCUUCAAUUCGUGAAGUGAUGAAGCAUAGAGACAAAAUUCGUGCAAGUUUUUCUGUUGCACCUCAAACUGCAAAAGUAACUUCUACAGUGCGUGAUAAAGUGUUAGUGAAGGUAGAAAAAGCAUUAAAUUUGUGGGUGGAAGACAUGAGCAGGAAAAGGAUGCCCAUUGAUGGCAACAUGUUACGGCAAAAAGCCUUAACUCUUUAUGAGGACUUUCAGAAAAAAGAUAAGACAAAAGAUGAAUCCAAGCCAUUUACAGCAAGCAGAGGAUGGUUACAUAGAUUCAGGAAUCGGUUUAAUCUGAAAAAUAGAAAAAUUACCAGAGACACUUCAACUGGUGAUGAGGAAGCUGCUGCCAUGUUUAUGACUGAUUUAAAGAAAGUUAUUGAGGAAGGAGGCUACCACCCUAAACAAGUUUUUAAUUGUGAUGAAACAGGACUGUUUUGGAAAAAGAUGCCCAACAGAACCUAUAUCCACAAAACUGCAAAGCAAGCACCAGGCUUUAAAUCAUGGAAGGACAGACUGACAUUGGUACUCUGUGGCAAUGCAGCAGGGCAUAUGAUAAAGCCUGGUGUUGUUUACCAAAUGAAGACUCCUCAUGCUCUCAAACACAAAAACAAAAAUUAUUUGCCGGUCUUCUGGCAACACAACCUCAAGGCAUGGGUCACAGCAGUAUUAUUCACUGAAUGGUUCCACGAAUGCUUCAUCCCUGAAGUGAGAAAAUAUUUGGAGAAGGAAGGGUUGCCUUUUAAGGUUUUAUUAAUAAUAGAUAACUCACCUGGCCAUCCUGAGUCAAUUGCCAUCGAAGAUCCUAAUGUCCAGGUUUUAUUUUUGCCACCUAACACAACCUCACUGCUUCAGCCACUCAGUCAGGGCAUAAUUAGAUGUAUCAAGGCCAUAUACACUCGGCAGGUGUUUGAGAUGAUUCAAGCAGCAAUUGAUGCCAACCCUAAUAUUGAAAUUAUGGACUGCUGGAAAUCAUUCAGCAUUGCUGAUGCAAUAACAUUCAUCAAAGGUGCAAUGGAUGAAUUAAAACCAGAAACAGUGAAUGCAUGCUGGAAGAAUUUGUGGAGUGAAGUUGUCCAUGAUUUCAAGGGCUUCCCAGGAAUUGACAGGGAGGUAAACAUGAUCAUUAGAACAGCAAGAGAAGUUGGUGGUGAUGGAUUGGUUGAUAUGAUAGCUGAAGAAGUGGUAGACCAUAUUGAAGAGCAUCAUGAAGUUUUGAUGAAUGAGGACUUGGAUGACUUUGUUAGGUCCCCUGCAGAGGAAGAAGAUGAGGAAGAAGAAACUGAAGCUGAACCAGCAAAGUGGACACUUGAAAAAUUUGGUGAAGUCUUUCAGAUAGCACAAACCUUAAAGGAGAAGAUAAUGGAUUAUGAUCCUAUAAUGGAACGUAGCAUGAAAGUUACCCGUUUGAUAACAGAAGCAAUGGAACCUCUCCAGCGUAUGUUUGAUGAAUUAAAAAGGCAAAAGAAACAAUUCCCUAUCACGGUGUUCUUUAAAGAGGUCCAAAAAGAAGCAUCCACGUUUGAUAAUCCACAGCCAUCAACAUCAUCUGCUCCUCAUAUCAUUCAGCAAGCAGCAUCUUCAUCUCCUUCCCUUUCUCCAGAAUCAGAAGAUGACCCUUUUGGCGUCUUGUCAGAAGGUCAGUAACCUAGAAGAACAUCCCAGUGCCUACGCCAUCACCCACUUCAUCUCAUCACUGUAUCUAUUGUUGGUUGUUGUCCUUUCUACUCCAAGAGGAACUAAAUGUCAUCACUAUAUCGGGGUCAAUGUGCAGUGUGUCUGACUGGCUGAUCUGAUCAGUAGGAGCUCUGAAGGCUAGCCCAUACAAACAUUUGUGAUGGAGAUGUCUCUAAAUUGGCACCUAU